GCCGAUACACCCCAUCUCCAGACCAGGGGGAGGUGAACUGUUGCAGCUCCUGUGUUGCUGCUCACCGGUGCUAACAACAAGCAGAGCUAGCGGCACAACCUGGCGGCGUGAAAUCUGCUGCUAACAAACAAGGAUAUCAGGCCACAGUUCUUAAACUACAAAGUAUUUGGACCUGUUGAAAUGGGAGACCCUGCUCUUCAUAGAGACUGUCCCCUCGACUGCAAGGUUUACGUUGGGAAUCUGGGAAACAACGGAAACAAGACCGAGUUAGAGAGAGCUUUUGGGUACUAUGGUCCUUUAAGAAGUGUAUGGGUUGCCAGAAAUCCUCCAGGCUUUGCCUUUGUGGAGUUUGAAGAUCCUAGAGACGCAUCUGAUGCUGUAAGAGAACUGGAUGGAAGAACCAUGUGUGGCUGUCGAGUUCGAGUUGAGUUGUCCACUGGGGAAAAGCGCUCCAGGAGCCGAGGCCCUCCACCAUCCUGGAGCAGACGCCCACGGGAUGACUUUAGGCGCCGUAGUCCUCCAGUCAGGCGCAGAGGAUCACCGAGGAAGAGGAGUCUCAGCCGUAGUCGCAGCAGGUCGCUUUCAAAGGACAAACGCAGAUAUCGGUCUCUUUCCAGAGACAAGAACCGUAAACGCUCAAGAUCCUUCUCAAGGUCCAGGAGUCGUUCUCGAUCGAAUGAAAGGAGAUGAAGACGGAAAGAUUCAUCAACAGGAUCCUGCUAUGAUUAUGAAAAUAGACUUUGUUUCAGUUAGGUUUUGUUUUUUGUUUUUUUUUUUGUUUUUUUUUGGGCCACCUCAAGGCAGCCGCAAGUUUGCCACAUUGCAUAAUUCGUCAUCGUAGUCUACUGAAGUAACAACGAAGGACUCAAGUGUAAUUUUUCUAUACAUCAAUUGUCAUGGAGAAAAUUUUCCCUUUUUACAGAUUUUUUUUUUUUUUUUCUUUGCAAUUAUUGUUCACAUAAAAUACAUUGUCUUACCCUGCAUGUUUUAAAACUGAAUACUAGAUUUCAUUUUACAUGACUUUUUUUUUUUUUUUUUUGGACAGUCUUCUAUUAAAGUUUGUGUGGUGAUUUUAUCUGUUAACUCCUAAAUUAAAAAGGUAAAGGUAAAAAGGUACUCCACUAAUGGAAGUAGAGUACUUUAUACACAUUACAAAAAGCAGACUGGUACUAGUUGUUUUGUAAAUACUCGGGCUGUCAUUUCCAGGUUCUCCUUGAUAUUGAAAUGUCUAUAAUUCCAUCUGUAAUUCUGUAUUUUAUCUAAUGUAUGUUACUUUUGCAAAACAUUUGAGGUUUAACAGUGUGUUGAUGCAGCUAUUCAGCAACUUCUUUAAUAAAUGUUUUUCCAAGGUGGA